CUUCGCGGGUGAUUCAUCGGGCGCCCGCAGCAUCCAGAGGACCGUGCGCGUGCACGCGCCGCGAAAGUGAGACGAGAAAAGAGAGAGUGACAGAAGUGAAAGGGGGAGAGAUAGGGUAAUGAAAAUGAUGGCGACCGAUGCAGAGGAGAUAAGAAUCCAAACAAGCCCCUGUCCCAUCCCCGACAACAGUCUCAGCACUCUGUCCAUCAAAAUUACGCGGAAAAACCAGGAUAGACACUGGAAGUUGCGGUUUAUUUACCUGCAGUGCUAUUUCUUGACAAUUGCAACAAUAUUGGGAACUGGAAUCUUAGGUCUUCCAGUAACGAUAGCCCAUGCUGGACUCGUGCCUUUCCUCGUCUCCUUUAUCAUUGGCUUCUUUGUCCAGGCCUUGCUUAUCUACUUGUUUGUGGAACUCCUUCAGAAAUGUCAGGUGGUGCAGCUAGAAUCUCUAAAGACAGGUGUCGCAGAGUGUAUUGUGAUGGAUCAGGUGGGCGUUGAGGAUCCAGCCCCCUCAGAGGAUGAGGACGAUGAUGAAAAUGCACAAGCAGAUACAGGUUUACUACAGACGGAUGCAGUAGCCCUGCACAACCAAGCAGAGAGCCUGCAGCCCAACCUUCACCUGCUUGGCUACCUCUUCCUCUCCCGGCCCAUGAGCUACGCCUUCAACUGCAUCCUCCUCUUCCAAUUCAUUUCUAUUGGAAUAAGUUAUGUCUUAGCUGGCAGUGAGGCCUACGCGGCCCUUCUUAAUGUCAGCCACAUCUAUGUGAUCCCGGCCUUCACUUGGAUUCUAUCUCUUGCUAUCUUACUCGCUUACACAAUCAUCCAGCCAAUCACUUCACUGCUUACCCUGCUGAAAGGAAUGCUGCUCAUUGUCACGGUGGCUGUGACUUUUGCAGUGGGGUCAGAGGUCGGCCUUCAGAGCAACAAUGACUUCAGUCAGAUGGGAAAACCUUUCCUAAUGGGCACUGUGGCCCUGGGAGGGAUUGUAAACGUGAUGCCUCUGCUCUUCUCGCAGAUCUCACACAACAAAACACAGAUCCUGUGGUUUCGGAGAGCAGUGCUCGCAGGCCUGACAACCUGUACUGUGCUCAACAUUCUCUGGUGCUGGGCAGUGCUGGAAAUCGUGCCCCAGACGUCGAUACCAGAAAGGCGGCUGGCAGCUGAGACGACAACCCAGCCCGGCCCCAGCAACCUGUCUGGUCCUCAUUCCUCCGCCUCCCGUCUCCUGUACUCCAACAUCUCACUAGAAGAGUCUGAGAGAGCAGGAGAGAUUGCAACCAUACCAUUAACUAAGAUUAUUAAUGAACGUUACAAGGCGUACUCCUGGGUGGCUGAGCUGAUCCAGGUGUUUAUAGCCAUCAGCGUCACUGUGUCCUUCCUGGUAAUGGGAUCUGCCAUGAAACACACCAUCGAUGGUCUGGUGAGCUCAGUGUGGAGCAGCAGACUGGAGUGGCUGUCUAAAGCCUGGGAGCGAAACCUGCCCAAUAAAGAGCACAUCUGCUCGGCAAGAGGCAUGGCUCAAGGAUUCAUGUCACUACUUGCAUUCCUUGUCAUCUUUACCGUGUCAAUGUGUGAUCCCAAGGGUUUUAUUGUCAUGUUGGACAAAGUUGUUUCGUUCUCCCUGAACACUGAAGUGGGACUGUUUGUCUUCAUCAUGCUGAGAGAGUCCAGAGAAGAUAGAUUCCAACACCUUGCGGUCCCUCUGCCAGUAGGGGACUGUGUCUUCAGCCUCAGUUGGCUGCUUCCCACCUACUUCCUGUUUGCAGUAACCUACGACGUCCUGCAGACCCUGGCAGACGUGGCUCAUUUGCUGCCUUUUUACAGCCACAGUCAGGAGCCACACAACCACACUGGGACUGGGACUGGGACUGGGACUGGGACUGGGACAGCAGCCAACGUCUCUGUCCUGCUCUGAUCCUCAAGCAGCCUCAUCAGAGACAGGCCAGGAGGAGUUGAAAAUUGCCAAAACAAAUAUCAGAAGCUUCGCAAGUGCUUUUAUAUUGUAUUCUCACUCAUCACGCUCCUGAUACAAUUCAAUCACUUUGAAAAAAUAUUAUUUAUUUGUUUUUUCAUGGAAGAACAUUAAGACCACAUGUGAAAAAAGUACUUGAAUUCUGACUUUAUUGUCAGAAUUUUGAGAUUAAACUCAGAACUCCGAAUCAUUUUUUCACAUAUGGCCCUAAUCCUCUUCCAUAGGUUUUGAUGGUGUUCUUGGUGGCCAGUUUUGCUCUCCACUUUCCCAUGGCAGCAUAUCAAACAGGGCUCCGUCUUUAAUUUGUCUCUGCAACUGUGGUUGAUUCCUGCUGUACAAAUCAGAGGAAAUGCAGUUUUAGUACAGUAGAGUAUAGUGCAUCUGGGCCCUGGUUUUAUAAAUCAAGUUUUAAUGAAAUACUAUUUAAUAAUCUAGUUGAAAGAGGCCCUAAUAUACUCCUUUUCAGAAUCAUAUGUGUACUCUUGGGGUCUCCUCGAAUACGUUUACAUGCUUCGAUGUAGGACUGGGCAAUAUAGAGAAAAAACAAUAUCCUUGACCAAAUACCUCAAUGCUUGAUAUUGAAAUUAUAUUGUACGGUUGACUAUUGGUGCUUUAACAAAAUGUUAUUAUACAAUGAGAUUUUUGAUAAAUAUUCUCCAGAAAUGAUUAGUAAAGGUAAAUAAUAGAACAGCUAGAGCAGUCUGGUAAGUUAAGAAAAUGACAUCACUUUACUGUGAUGCAGCCUGUAAUACCAGGUAAAGACAACACUUACCAUACUACCAUAUUACAAUAUAUCCAAAAUCUAAGACAAUGUCUAGUCUCAUAUCGCAAUAUUGAUACAUCGAUAUAUUGCCCAGCCCUACUUUGAUGUUUAGAAAACAUACUAUGUUUCUCAUACUGCCUAAUGCUGCAUGGUCUCCACCUAAAACACUCUGUCUGAGCUCUUGGCCCGCCUUCGUGAGAAGGUCCACUCUGCUCUGAUUGGUCAGCUGGCCCACUCUGUUGUGAUUGGUCAACCACAUUCAAACAAGCCACUGGACGGGGUGUGCUUGAUUGGGCAGACAACUGCUAUGCACAUGCGCUGCUAUGGGCAGUUGAGAAAAAAGUGUCUGCGUGAGAGACAGCUCCAUUUGGAGUGAAAUGUGUUUUUUUUGUACUUUGUACAUUUAUUACGUACACAAAAGCUAUACUACACUCUAAAUCAGGGUAAAAUAAUUUAUUUAAAUGAAAAUGUAUAUUAUAUUAUGCUCUAUUAUCAUGAAAUUAGUCAACUUAACAACUGUCUCUUUCCUAAAGAAGAUGAAGGACUCACACCUUCAUCUUCUUUCAGUCUUUGUCACCAAAAAGCUAAAGCAUACAGUAAGUACUGCGGAUGAGCCACGGGGGGGGGGGGGGGGGGGGGGGGCUCUCCAUUCCGCAUCAGUACCCUAAAACAUAAAGUUAAGCCGCUUUCCGACCUGAGGGAGUUUUGCAGUUCCUAGAACAUAACACUCCUAGAACCCUUUUUUUUUCUCGUGUUCCGACUGGCCCAAUUUGGGAAUCAUUAGGUUCCUCUGACCGUACUUCCUGUAACUCUUUCAGCUCCUACUUCAUUUCAAGAUUCAUAAAGUGAUGCGACAGCCAGCUAGCGCCUGCCGGGGCCGCAAACGCUCAGCCAGUCCUGCUUGGAGACCCCGCUGUAAGCUGGAGGUCUCUCAGGCCGCUCUCGUAAAUAAGAGGCUUUAAUUUUGCCGUUGAUGGAUUGUUUGGUUAAAUUAGAUUAAUUAGAUUGUUUAGAUCAACGGGAACCUGUGGUUAAAGGAGAAUUUCGGUCGAUUCCAACCUUUAGCUCUGUUGUUUGUAAAUUUGGAAUGCUGUCAGUAGAGAGGAAAAUGAAACCAAUCGGUGCUGCCUACACCGUGGUAUCCUCCUGCUAGAGUAAACACCCAACAGGCUUUAACAGGGCAAGUUUUAAAUGUGUUUAAAUGCCUUUCUGUCACAUCUACAUCUUCAGAUUCACUGUGUUCACUCAGAAGGAAUCACUGCACAUGGGGAGGCACUUUUAAUGACAUUUUGAAGAUGUUAAGAGGCUAAAAACAUGUUUAAAACUUGCCCUGUUCAAGCCUGUUGGGUGCUAACUCUAGCAGGAGGAUAACACGGUGUAGGCAGAACUGAUUGGUUUCAUUUUUCUCUCUACUGACAGGAUUCCAUAUUUACAAACAACAGAGCUAAAGGUUGGAAUCGACCGGAAUUCUCCUUCACCGUCCUUUCAGAGUUAAACUCCACAAGCUGGCCGGCCGUCACACACAGACACAGAAGAAACAGAAGACAUCAGGAUUUUGGCCCAUUCGUCCCUUUCACUUAAUAUAUUGUACCUCAAAACUUCCGGAAACAUGUAAGAUUUGAACGAACACACACACACACACACACACACACACACACACACACACACGGCCACAGCACAGCAGGCAGAGGCGGGGGAGAGAGAGAUACCCGUUUCUCUUCGGGAAACUUGUUUAAAUU